AUGAAAAUUGCCCAGUUGUUUUUGCGCAACCAUCUCGAUUUCGUACUAAUCUCUGGCACCGGCGUAGUACUUUUUACGUUAAUUGCCCUGUUUGGCGACAUUUCCACGUUAGACUCAAAUAAUCGACAAACUCAAAAGGUCUUGAAAGAUUCAAUGAAAGCAUUAGAUAAAGAACAGAAGGAACAGCAGCAAGUAAUCCACGGUUCUCCUCACGCGCCGUUGUCAUACAGAACGUGUGCCUAUUUUUCAUAUUGGUCUGUUUACGAACCUCGUAAUUUUACUCCCUCCGAUCUCCCAAUUAGUCAACUGACAAACGUGUUUUAUGCUUUCUUCGACAUCGACUGUGAAACGGGGAAGGUGGUUGUGAUUGAUAAGUGGUCAUCUCUGGAGAUGCCACUAAAGUUUUCACCUCGUAGUGACGAUAUCAAGACCCUUUACGCCGAUGGUACUGCAGAAGCCAAAAAACUGAAACAGCUUCAUUUCAGUAAGAAAACCGUUGGAGCCCUCAAACAAUUGUAUCAAAUGAAAUUGAUCAAACCUUCCCUUCAAACUUCAAUGUCCAUUGGAGGAUGGGGUCGCACCGACGGGUUCAAGGCUUUAAUGAAAGACGAAUCUAAAGUUGAGCAGUUCGUGUCUUCAUGUGUCUCUGCCAUGCAGGAGUUUGGGUUUGAUGGUGUUGAUCUAGAUUGGGAAUACCCGUCAAAUGAUGAAGAAGGGCAAUUCUUACUGCACUUAGUUUCCUCUCUAAAAAGGAAGCUAUCCCAAUUGGAAGCUCAUUACGAAUUGCCUCCAGACACAUUUCUUAUCACGUUGGCUACUCCAGCAUCUCUGUAUACCUUACAGCACUACCCCUUAUCAAGAUUGGAUUUGUUUGUUUCAUUUUGGAACGUGAUGACUUACGACUUUGCUGGCUCUUGGUCCCCACAAACUGAAUAUCACUCUAAUCUUUACUCGCCAAAAGGUGAAAUGUUGAGCGUGAAAGAUGCGAUGGCUUACUACGUGAGAAACGCUAUUCCGCCCAAUAAAUUGAUCAUGGGAUUACCUAACUAUGGCCGUGGAUUCGGCAACACGGAUGGAUACAAUAAGAAGUUCAAAGGAGUUGGUAAAGGAACCUCCGAUGAGGAAGGCAUAUACAAUUACAAUAUGCUACCUCAAAAUUUCAAGGAUAAUGAAAAGUACGACCCUGAGGCUGUCGCUGCGUACAGUUAUGAACCCAUAUCUAGAACGUUUGUUUCAUAUGAUACUCCAAGAGUUGUACGAGAAAAAGCUAAGUUUGUGAAAAAUAAUGGUUAUGGAGGAGCUAUGUGGUGGGAAGCCUGCGGAGAUUUUUACUUUGAUAAUCCCGAACAGUCUCUACUUUUGAACUUUGUGGAUGAACUGGGUGGUACUCAAACACUGCUCAAAGUGCCAUCCUCCCAGCACCAAGAUAAUAAUACCAAGAGUGCAUUCUACAAAAAAAGUAACACCCUGAAAGGACUGGUUUAG